UCGUACAAUGCAGAGAACCUCAAAAGCUCGAAGCAUGGCACUCCCGAUUCGAUGGACCACGUCACGAAACGCUUUGAUGAGACCACAAACCGACUAUUCCGAGACAAGAAGGAGCUACAAUUCGUUCCAUUCGGCUCUCCGCUUGACAAAGAUCUCUCAGCCGGCAUCCAUGGAUGCCAGCUGAAACUCGAUGUGUAA